AUCUUUCCUAAUCAAAUUUCACGCUAUUUAUUUGAAUUUUCCACCAAACUCUUUCCUCCCUGCAUUUUUCCCCCUCUCUCCUUCAAACAAAUCCGUUCACACGAAAGCUGCCCUUUGAAUUUAAUACAACCAGUGUUGCUGUUAUCCUUAAAAGUGCCGAACACUACAAAAUUCAAAGAAAAAAAAAUCAAUGUCUCGUUUUAUUUCCAACAGAAACGAAGGCAUGGAAAUAGUCGUUGAUGUCUGCGAGGAACGACCACGGAACCGAACGGAGUCAGUAGUGGUGUUCUCAAGUUUCGCUUCGUUGGUGGGUAGCGUGUGAAGUGUUACCGUUUAUUAUAUACUCUUUCCUUCUAGAAACGCGAGGAAGCAAAAUUGAGUUGUGCCUGCCUGCGGUGAGUCGUUGCGUGCUCUCAAUCCGAAAUGGACCUGUCACCGGGGCGAUCCGUGGACGAGGUGGUGGAGGAGAUAAUGAGGCUGCACAGAUCGCUACCGGCUCGGCCGGGAAUCGAGGAAGUGGAAGCGGCGAGGACGGUGAUCGCGAACGUGGAGAGGGAGGAGCAGGCGAAGCUCGAGGCCGUAGCGUCGGCGGCGGCGGCGGCGACGCAGCACAAGGGUUCGCACGUGCCGGAGGAGCUCUUGGCGGUGCUGCAGGAGAUGCAGAAGAACGUCGUGUUUUUCCAGAGCAGGGAGCAGAAGCGUGAGCCUCUCAAACUCCUCGAUCUCGAAAACGUGCACGUGCUGUUCGACGAUUUGAUUCAGAGGGCUUCCAACUGCGUUGCCGCGCGCUCCAACGCCAAAGCGUCGGUUUCCAAACGGGAAACUUCCGCCGCCUCCGUUUCGGUUUCUCCGUUCAAGAAAGAGCGUGCGAAGAGUUCGGAGAUUUUGUUCUCCAAAGAUGAUAGUUAUAUGAGUAAGACGAAGCCCGCGCUCUUCCCUGAUGUUCGCCCCGUUGUCUCGUCUAAACCGCAAUUGCUUGAUUCCUCGUUGAAGCCCGCGUCCAAUUCAGGUGAAGAGGGUGGUGAUAAGUUAAGUUUGAUAAAAUUGGCUAGCUUAAUUGAAGUUUCUGCGAAGAAAGGUACCCGCGAGCUCAUGUUACAGAACAAGUUAAUGGACCAAGUUGAUUGGCUUCCUGAUUCAAUAGGGAAGCUAUCGAGUUUAGUCAAAUUGGAUUUAUCUGAGAAUCGAAUCACGGUUCUGCCUUCCACACUCGGAUGUCUUUCUUCCUUAACAAGUUUGGAUUUGCAUUCGAAUAAAAUCGUGGAGCUUCCGGAGUGUGUUGGAGAUCUCUCGUGUCUUGUGUAUUUAAACGUUGGGGGAAACCAGUUAUCAUCUCUACCAGAUUCUUUGGGAAGAUUGGUGCGUCUUGAGGAGCUUGAUUUGAGCUCCAACCAGCUUUCAGUGCUUCCUGAUACCAUAGGGUCUCUUGUAAGCCUUAAGAUAUUGAAUGUGGAGACAAACGACAUAGAAGAGAUUCCGCAUUCGAUUGGUCGUUGUUGUUCUCUUAGGGAGCUUUGUGCAGAUUAUAACAGACUCAAGGCACUGCCUGAAGCUGUGGGGAAGAUUGAGAGUCUUGAGGUUUUGUCUGUGAGGUACAACAACGUUAAACAGCUACCUACCACGAUGUCGUCUCUGACGAACUUGAAGGAGCUGAAUGUCAGCUUCAAUGAGCUUGAGUAUGUGCCUGAGAGCUUGUGUUUUGCUACAUCCCUUGUCAAGAUGAACAUAGGAAACAACUUUGCUGACAUGAGAUCCUUGCCGAGGUCCAUUGGGAACCUUGAAAUGCUUGAGGAGUUGGAUAUCAGCAAUAAUCAAAUUCGGGUCCUUCCUGACUCUUUUAGGAUGCUCACUCGGUUACGCGUCCUGAAAGUGGAAGAGAAUCCUCUUGAAGUCCCUCCGAGACAUGUAGCUGAAAAGGGGGCACAGGCGGUUGUCCAGUACAUGGCUGAGCUUGUAGAGAAGAAGGAUGUUAAAUCACAGCCACUUAAGCAGAAGAAGGGUUGGGCUCAGAUAUGCUUCUUUUCAAAGUCAAACAAAAGGAAGCGUGACGGCGUUGAUUUUGUUAAAACCUGAUUAAAUUCAACUAAAGCCUUUGUUGGCAAGCAACCGAAUCCAUGAGGAGAUGCAUUUGUUUAUAUAAAAAAGGACAAAGAUAUGUCUGUCAGUUUCUAGUCAACAUUACGAGAGAAUGAAUUGGCACGGGAACCUUCGUCGGCUGCUAACUUUGAGGCACCAACUGUAGAAUUCCUGUUUAAUAUAUUUUUUUAAAUUUUUUUUGUAGAAUUUAAUUUUUUUAAUUUUAUUUCAUUUGUAUUUCUGUUAUUUUGAAAAUGAAAAGAAGUGUACAUCCGACCAGGGAAAAAAUUAGGCGUGAGUAAUGGAGAAAAACCAGAGAUGAUUUAAUAUGUACUAUUGAUGUAAAAAUUAAUACCGUAGUAUAUUUUAAUUUGAAGUAACUUUUCUA